CUGAUUGAGCGCGGGGCGGCCCCGCUGUCAGUCAGCGCCGGCCGGGGCGGCGGCGGCUCCGCGAUGGCGGCGAGCGCGGGGCUCCCGCUGAGGGGGGAACGGCGCGGAGCCCCCCCGAGGUGGCGGCCGGGGGUCGCCAUGGCCACGGAGCGCAGGUGAGCCCAGGCCGGCCAUGGCCUCUCCGGCCGCCAGCCCGGACUCCUCGUCCCACGAGGGGCCCUCGGCCCCCGGAGGGUCCCCAACGUCCGACUCGGAGAACCUGAGCCCGGACGAGCUGGAGCUGCUGGCCAAGCUGGAGGAGCAGAACCGGCUGCUGGAGGCCGACUCCAAGUCGAUGCGCUCGGUGAACGGCUCGCGGCGCAACAGCGGCUCCUCGCUGGUGUCCAGCUCCUCGGCCUCGUCCAACCUCAGCCACCUGGAGGAGGACACCUGGAUCCUCUGGGGCCGCAUCGUCAACGAGUGGGAUGAGUGGAGGAAGAAGAAGGAGAAGCUGCUCAAGGAGCUGAUCCGGAAGGGGAUCCCGCACCAUUUCCGGGCCAUCGUGUGGCAGCUGCUGUGCAGCGCGGCCGAGCUGCCGCUCAAGGCGCAGUACUCGGAGCUGCUGCGGAUGUCGUCGCCCUGCGAGCGCCUGAUCCGCCGCGACAUCGCCCGCACCUACCCCGAGCACGACUUCUUCAAGGGCCAGGACAGCCUGGGCCAGGAGGUGCUCUUCAAUGUCAUGAAGGCCUAUUCCCUGGUGGAUCGGGAGGUCGGAUAUUGCCAGGGCAGCGCCUUCAUCGUGGGACUGCUGCUGAUGCAGAUGCCGGAGGAGGAGGCGUUCAGCGUCUUCGUGCGGCUGAUGCAGGAGUACCGGCUGCGCGAGCUCUUCAAGCCCAGCAUGGCCGAGCUGGGGCUCUGCAUUUACCAGUUCGAGUUCCUGCUGCAGGAGCAGCUGCCGGAGCUGAACGUGCACUUCCGCUCGCAGAGCUUCCUCACCUCCAUGUACGCCUCCUCCUGGUUCCUCACGCUCUUCCUCACCACCUUCCCCCUGCCCGUGGCCACGCGCGUCUUCGACAUCUUCAUGUACGAGGGGCUGGAGAUCGUGUUCCGUGUGGGGAUGGCCCUGCUCCAGUUCAACCAGGCCGAGCUGGUCCAGCUGGACAUGGAGGGGAUGUCCCAGUACUUCCAGAAGGUGAUCCCGCACCAGUUUGACUCGUGCCCGGACAAGCUCAUCCUGCGCGCCUGCCAGGUCAAGUACAACCCCAGGAAGAUGAAGAGGCUGGAGAAGGAAUACGCCGCCCUCAAGAGCAAGGAGAUGGAGGAGCAGAUCGAGAUCAAGCGGCUCCGCUCUGAGAACCGCCUGCUGAAGCAGCGCAUCGAGACCCUGGAGAAGGAGAGCGCGGCCCUGGCCGAUCGCCUCAUCCAGGGCCAGGUGACACGAGCACAGGAGGCUGAGGAGAACGACGUCAUCCGGCGGGAGCUGGCACUGGUGCGGCAACGCUGCAGCUCGGCCACCGAGAGCCUGAGACGGGCACAGAGCACCAUCAGAGAGCUGCAGGGUAACCCCCGGCUGACCGAGGAGUUCGUGGCACACCUGGAGACGGAGCUGGAGCGGUCGCGGCUGCGCGAGAGCGAAACCCUGGGCGCCCUCAAGGAGAUGCAGGACAAGGUCCUGGACAUGGAGAAGCGCCAGCCGCUGCUGCCGGACGAGUCCAGCGUGGUUCGGCUGCAGGAGGAGCUGCAGGAGCUGGCCCUGAGUGACCUGGGGGACACCUGGCAGGUGUGUCCCCAGGUGUGCGGGGGCCGCUGGAAGGAGCCGCGGGCGCUGCACGAGGCCGUGCUGGGGGUGCAGCUGCGCGAGAGCCAGGCCCAGGCGGAGCUGAGGGCGCUGAGACAGCGCGUGCUGCACCUGGAGACACAGGUGAGCAACUGGGAUGGACUGGGAUGGACUGGGACAGUGUGUGCUGCACCUGGAGACACAGGGCCGGAUCCAGCGCUCGGUGCUGGGCCGUGCCGAGCAGGCCUGUGCCGGGCUGAGGGAGCAGCUCCGCGCCGCGGCCGCCCAGAGCCAGGGGCUGCAGGCCCAGCUGAGCGAGAGCCACCGCAAACACGCCGAGGCGCAGUGCAAGAGCAAGGAGGAGGUGAUGGCCGUGCGGCUGCGCGAGGCCGACAGCAUGGCCGCCCUGGCCGAGAUGCGCCAGCGCGUGGCCGAGCUGGAGAUCCAGCGGGAGGAGGGACGGCUGCAGGGCCAGCUGGAGCACUCGGACGCCGCGCAGUACAUCCGGCACCUGCGGGGCCACAUCAGCGAGCUCAAGGCCGAGAUCCGGCUGCUGCGGGGGCCGCUGUCCUUUGGCGCGGUGGCCUUGGGGACACGCCUGGGGGACGAGGACUCGCUGGGCUCAUCGGAUGAGGAGCUGCCACCGCCCUUCGCCCUGACCCCGGGGGACAUCGGGGACAUCGGGGACAGCAGUGACAGCGAGCCUGAGGUGACAGCCCCAGCACAGUGACCCCAGGGGACACCGGGGACUGCCCGAGGUGGCACCAACAGCGCCGUGACCCACAAGGGACACCAGGGACAUCGGGGACAGGCCGGGGCCACCCCAGGGACCCUCAGGGACAUCGUGGGGACCUGCCAGGCCCAGCCCAGGGACACCGGGGGACAAUGGCACACCUGUGGCACAUCCCAGGUCCCUGUGGCACUUUGGGGACACCUGUGACAAGCAGGGGACAUCAAGGGGCACCUGCGAGACACGGGGGACACUGUGGGACGUGCAGGGGACACUGAGGGACAGCGAGAUCCCGGGAUCCCAGAGCCGGCGCCCUCCUGGCUGCUGUGGGACCCCCGAGGACGGGACCGGUUUGCCCUGGACCCCCUGGAUGGAUCCCGGAUCCCAAACGGAUCCCAAACCCCUCCCCAAAUGGAUCCCGGACUCUGAACCCCCUCCUGGAUGGAUCCCGGAUCCCCAAACGGAUCCCAACCCCCUCUGGACUGCUCGGAUGGACCCCAGACCCCCCUGGGCCCCCCAAACGGAUCCUGGGCCCCUCUGGACUGAUCUCCUGGACAGAUCCCGGACUCUGAACCCCCCUGGGCCCCCCGAGCGGAUCCCGAACCCCUCUGGACCCCCCGGAUGGAUCCCAGAUCCCAAACGGAUCCCCCAGACAGAUCCGGGACCGGGACAAUUCUGGGGACACCCCCCACACCCCCCCCCCCGCUGUACAGAAAUACAGGAUCCCAAAAAGC